UAAAGUUAACAAUUAAGGUGUUUAUUGACAUAGUUCAUAACACACUGUAGGCGGCUGAGGUAGGAGUCCGAGAAACUCAUCUCAGGGCAGGAGAGUCCAGUUUGUUGGACGAGGAGAGCAGCUGGAAAGCACUGGCAAGGCGGCGCGGCGUGCUGAUGCAACGGCUCAGCAGAGACCGUCACACCGGGGAGAACAGGAAGUUUUACCGGGAGGCUGUCGGUCGGAAAGAGCAAGUCCCACACGCCGUUUGUUUGUCAGUAUGACAGGUUUGUGAAUCAAGGACAUUGACGAUUACCAUGAGCAGCUCCGGAGGGACGCCCAUUUCCUGUGCUCAGAUCAGAGAAUGGACACUGAACUGGUUGACAGACUGGUUCUGCAGCUGAACAGGAUCCACCCCCAGAUACUCAAUGACAAGGAAGCCCACAGGUUCAGGAACCUCAGCGUGCCCACCAAGGUGCGGUUAGCUGAGCUGUUGAAGCACCUGCAUGGGAAAGGCGAGGAGGCAUGUCAUGAAUUCUACAGAGGACUUCACAUCCACGCUGAGGACGUCUACUCCAGCCUGCCCACCAGAGUCACACAAAGAGGUAAAAACACUGAGCAGGGCUUCUCAGACGUUUUAGUGACUGAAGAUUGCCACAUAGAACUGCAGUCAGAGAUGGCAGAUCCAAAAUGGACAUACAAUGUGGCAAUCUACCCAGACCGAUAUGUGCUUAAUGACUAUGCAGGACCAUUGUUCUUUCUGAGCUGUUUCAGUUUUGUAGUUGGUAUUGCAAUGCUCUACUAUUACAGAGAGGGUGAGACGUUGAGAUGCAGCGGUCCACUUCUUCAGCGCUCUGCAGCAAGACUUAGUGAAGGUGCUAAAAAUGUUUUAAUUUCCUGUGCUGAGGUUGGAAAACAGAAAAAAUAAAUCUGUUAAGGUGCGGAAAAAUUUAAGAACGAGCCCUGUGAGAACAACAAGCCAUGCAAUUUGCCACUUUGCUGUGCCAAACUCAUAUACACUUUGAGAACAACUGACACCUCUUUAUAUGAAAAACAUUUAUAAUGUUCUACUAUAAUACUUGUAUGUGUGAGUCUUACCUGGAUUUACUGGGUGUGCAGCACUAAGGACUCCAAUUCCAUUUUCAGCUAAAAUGAAGCCUAAUAUUAACUGACUAACCUCACACCCACACAGGUGUUUUCAAUCACUCUGCCUAAUUAGACAUCUGCUCAGGUUGAAGCUGGGUGGAGCUAUGCUGGGAAUUACAUGAUGUAGCCAAACACUAUGUACCUGUAAGGGUUAAGAUGUCCCAACUAAAGUUGUACAACAAAACCAACAGAAGGGUGAGGGAGAUUCAAAUCAAGUGCAGUUUGCACACACCCACACCUUCCUGAGAAGAGGUCAAAUUAGGCAACAUAAGUGAAAACACCUGUGUUGGUGUGCAGGGACCAAGAAUUUGAUUCACUAUAACAAUGUUCAACUUUUGCUCAAAUAAAGCACAAAACAUUUUGACAUCA